GUGUGGAGAGAGCAACCAGCAGCUUCCAACCCGAGCAACCAAGGAACCCGAAGGAAGCAGCGCAGCAGAGCAGGUCGACCAAGCAUGUCGGUGCACUUCAAGUUCAAAUCCGAGAAGGAGUUUGGGACAGUCAACUUCCCUGGCACGACCAUCCGGGUGAUUGACCUGAAGAAGGGGAUCAUCGAACAGAAAAAGCUCAACAAGGGACAAGACAUGGAGCUGGUGAUCACGGACUUUCAAAACAAUACUGGUACAUACAUUGCAUGAUGAGGCUGUGAUCUGACGUGUCCCGCAGUAUACGAAGACGACAACCAGCAAUUGCCCAAGAACACAAGCGUCAUCGUGAAGCGCAUGCCAGCCAAGAACAACGUGGGCAUCCUCGCUCGAAUCAACGCAGAACAAAAAGCCUCGUGUGUACUUCUGCAUCCUCCUGAGCCUGCUACUGCAUGUUGCCUCGUUGUUGACCUCAAUAAUACGUUUUUCUUUGAUUCCGUGCGUUCCCAGUACUUAUGCAACGGCAUUCUAGAGCGCCACUUCAUCAUUAUCUUGUUCCAGCGGCUGAACCAACACCUGCGUUGCCGAGCACCGACGUCGAUAGCCAAGCAGCAGCCGGCGGGGCGGAAACCGUGGAAGAUGAGCUGGAAGCGUUGCAAGCGAUCCAGCAAGAAGCCGAAGACGCACGCAAUGUCCGCGGGGGCGGCAACAAGACGUGGACGGCGGGCGGCGGGGGCUUCAAGGGGGGCGCACCAGGGGGGGUGUACGCAGGGAGUCGAGGGGGUGGCUUUGGCGGGCGCGGUCCUCCAACUGGCGGACGCGGAGCUGGUGGAGCCGCCAUGCAACCUCCGCCCGGGGGGGACCACUCGGUUGAGACCCCCCCGCAAGGCUACGUGUGCUACCGAUGCGGCGUUCCCGGGCACUUCAUCCAGAACUGCCCCACCAACGGCAAUGCCAACCACGACAAGCACAUGGUCAAGCCGCGCACGGGCAUCCCGUCGAGUCUGAUCAAGUCCGUGGAAGGACCGAACCAGGCGCCAGGGUUCACGGUGGUCAACACGGGCCCGAACGGCGGCCUCGCCAUCGUCGUGCCGCAAGUCAAGGCGUUCGAGAAGCUGGUCAAGUCGUCUGGCGGCGGGUCCGGCCUCGAUCAGUACCGCCUCGUGCCCCCAGACCACCUGGCGUGUCCGAUAUGUAAACGGUUGAUGCAAGACGCAGUGUUGAUUCCGUGCUGCCACGAGAGCGCGUGCGACGGGUGCAUUCGCGAUGCGUUGAUCAGCCACAACUUGACCUGUCCGCUGUGUCGCAAAUCCAUGUCUCCCGAGAACUUGAUUCCAAACAAGGGCACGCGGGCGUCGGUGGAAGAGUUUUUGAAGCGGUCGCAAGGCGAGGCCCAAGAGCGAGAGCGGCUGGUCAAGGAAGCGGAAGCCAAGGCAUUGCAGAAGCAACUGGCGGCCGACGACACGGAGACCGCCCAGCGCCGCGUCGAGAUCGCCGACGCCGUCCUCGACAUCUCGAAAAAGUCCAAGGCCGACGACGACGACGACGACUUGGGAGGGGAUCUGUUUGCCGACGAGCCAGAGAACGACGCGGCUCCGGUAAAGGACGAGACCAUCCCUCCGCAGCAAAAGCCGGCCCAGUCGAGUACAGAACCGUCGAACGAGACUGCGAUGCUGUCGCCCUCCAACGAACCAACAACGUCGUCGUCGUCGGGCAAGGGGGUUGAGGUCAAAGCUGAAGACAAGCAGCCCGACGGACGAGACAAGAAGCCCCGUCGGUCGUCGUCGGCCGGACGCCACCAUCGACAUGGACCGCCCCCUGGCUGGCGGCCGCAUGGGGGCCCGCCUCCCGAUUGGUUUGACGGACCGCCGCGGGGCCCGUGGUUCGACGGACCUCCGCCGCCAUGGGCCGCCGGGGGGCACUUUGGCCAUCCCCCGCCGCACAUGUACUACGAGGGGGGGUACUUUGGAGGGGGCAACCCGCCGCCGUGGAUGCGGCCACAUCCCGGAUACCGCGGAGGUCCGCGCGGCCGAUCGGCGGAACGUAAAGGGGACAAAGCAGGUGACGACAAGGCGCCUCGGCGAGGCAGUCGGAGUCGCGAGCGCCGACGCAGCAGUCGCGACCGCAAGUCAUCGAGGUAUCCCAGUCGAAGUCGCAGUCGGCGUCGGGACCGAUCCACCGAGCGCGAGUCCUCGCGCAAGUCAACUCCCCGUGACAAGAAAUCCGACGAUAAGCAACCAGCAUCCGAGGCGUCGCGGGACGACAAUGUCGAUGGACGUAGUAGUCGCAACGACUCGGAAAAGAAAAGCAAAAAGGGCGAGAGUAGCCGACGGGGCAGCGAAAAACGAGCCGACGACGGGGAUCGAAGCGGCAGCGCGGCAGACAAGAAACCGAAGGAGAAGUCAGGUGGCAACGAGAAGGCUGCGAAGGACGUGUCCAAACCGGUGGAGGCGCCAGCGAUUGACUUGGACUUCCUCGAAGACGAUUUGACGACAGAGGACAAACCGAUGAACGCAUCCAAGAAAGAGGACACGACCAGUGACGUGGCGCGUCGGAAGGCAAGUGACGACCGCAGAGGAGCUCGGGACGACAAGCAGCGCAGCGACCGGCAUGACAGACACACGUCGGAUAGAAAGGGGGACACGUACCGACGACGAGACUCGGACCGCAAGUCGGAUCGAACGGACGACCGAAAGACUGAACGAACGGACGACCGAAAGGCAACCGACGACCGAAAGACUGAGCGAACAGACGACCGAAAAGGGGGGGGGAAGGGAGACGACCGCCGUCGGGGGGACAAGAAGGCCGACAAAGAGGACGAGAAGAAACGAAGCAGCGAACGGCCGUCCUCCCGCGACGACAAACGAGGUGACGGAAAGCGCCGCCGCAGUCGGUCGCGCGGCCGAGCCAGCGAGCGGAAGGAGGUCAAGAAAGCCGAAGUAGUGCCCGAAGAGCCGCCAAAGAAGAAGCGAUCGGUGUUUGAACGCCUUGGACCGGCAGUCAAAAAGUAGAUUGACAUUUACGCUAAUGCAACGUGGUUGGUCGAAUAUGA